AUGGAAGAUCACCACUAUCUUUCAGAAUCCGCAGUUCAAAGGUCCGUUCGGCAAGGGAUCUUUUAUGCGUCGCCGGAAUUAGAUAGAAAUAUCAAAUUAAGGCCCUAUAUUCGAACCUUUUUGGAGAAAUUGACCCGUGAUUACGACAUCGUUUUGUACUCGAGGGUUUCCCCACAGUAUCUUGAUAUCAUGACUGAUGUUCUUGAUCGUGAUAGCGUGUACCGUAAAGCCGGGUGCCUGACGUCGGUAUACGAGGACGAUGACAUUGGCAAAAAGCAUCUUCAUCCGAUAUUGAAGAACAGGGAGGUUGUGUGUAUCCUUGAUUGCAGGGAAAGUGGUUGGGAGAAGUACGCUGAUAAUCUUAUCAAGAUUGAUCCUUACUGUUAUUUCGUAACCAAGGCCAGGGCUAAUAAUAAUCUUAAUCUUCAUCUUCCAAAGUCAUGGAUUCAAUUGAAAGGAGAUGAGUGCGAGGAAGGUGGCGAGCUAUAUAGGGUUUUACGCGUCUUGUCUGUUGCUCACAUUUUCUUUUUCAAGCCGGAUAGCUCUCAUGACAUCCGCCAAGUCAUUCACAAUCUCAAAUCCCAGAACAAACUCUAUAAAUACCGUACGCUUUAG